AUGGGCAUUAAUUUUGCAAUAUGGCGGACAUCGAUGUAAACAAUCACUUGACAACAUCAUUAACAUGACAAUUUUUAAGGAACUGUUGAUUCUUAUGAAUCAUACAUGAAGAAUUUCUUUUCAAUAUGUCCAGAGCACAAUCGCGAAUGUCAGCCCGUACAGGGGGCGGUUCGCGGGCAACGUCAGCAAAGAGUACCAAAAGUGCGAGACACCCUGUGGUCAUCCAUUCCACGAUACUUCCUAUGUCAAAAGUCUAUCUCGGAAAGGAAUAUGAACAGAGAUUAGCAAAUGCCGCAGGUGCAGGAGAACUUAUCACUGUAAUAAAGAUAUUGAAAUUCAACGUCAGUCCGGAUUCUAGAGAUGAGCAUGGCCAACCAGCUUUAGUCAGAGCUUGCAUGGGAGGUCAUGCUGAAAUUGUCUCUGCAUUGAUUGAAGCAAAAGCAAACAUAAAUAUCCAAGGAGUCUAUAAUGUAACGCCACUCCAUGCUGCAGUUAAAGGUCAAAAUGUGAAUUGUGUGAAACAUGUGAUAUUAGGAGGAGCACAGUUAAUUCCCCUUACAACAGCUGGACUGACCCCACAAGACAUGGCAAAAUACGGGUCUGAAGUCUGGGAGGUCAUCAAUGAUGCAAGAAAAGGGGACAUGCCUGAAAUUGAAGAAAUCAGUGAGGUGCCAGAAAUUCCCGACUACGCUCUCCCAGAUGGUGCUGCCAAGAAAAAGAAAGGGAAAAAGGGAAAGAAAAGUGGGAAGAAAAAAGGUGGGAAGAAAGGGAAGAAAAAGGGUGGCAAAAAGAAAAAGAAAAAAUGACACUCAAAGCUUUAAAAUUGUUCAUUCCUAUCAAUUGAUCUUUAAAAUAGAUUAAUGAUGUGAAACAUGUUUUACAUGUACCUGUACAUGAAAAAUGAUUAAAAGUUUGAUUUAUCUAUUAAUAUGUUGGAAACCAACACUACUGGCUUAUCAGAUAAAAUUACUGCUUUUCCAGUUCGUCCCUUAAUAUUUCAAAUUACAGAUUACUGUUAUAGAAGCAUUGUUAAUUUUUUUGGUUUGAAAAUGAUAUUGUUUAUACAUGUAUAUGUU